CCUAUAUAUAUAUAAAUGAUAUUAAGCAAUGACUAGCAUUACCAAAUGUUAUCAAAGCAGAAAGUUAAUAAACUGAAAGUAAUAAUGAGCUCUCUCGACCGAAAAAUAUCGCAAAGUAAAUUAUUUAUUUGAAUCUUGUGUAGAAUUACUGAUGCUCUAUAGUAAUACAAUAGAAAUAUAUUAAUUGUACAGUGCCGGUUUUUUAGUUUUUUAGUAAUUUUGAAGUUUUUCACUAACUGCUAACUGCAAUAAAAACAAAAUGUGUUCAAACCAAACCACAAAUUUGAUAGUUCCACAAAAAUCUGAUUGCGUGUACACGUUAUCCUUUUGGUAUGUAUAUGACGUCCAUAACUUAAAGAACAUGUUAAUUUUGUUUAUUCACACAAAAUACCACAUUUACUAAAGGAAAAAAGUAUUUGUUUUUUUGCAUAGGUCCAUGUUCGGUCCAUUAGUGUUCUAUUCUAUAAAUAAACCAUUAAAAAAAAACUAAGCGUUCAACCAAAAUGUAUUUGUUAUCAAAUAACAAAACUGAUAGAUAAUAAAUUUACAUGGGUAAACUCACUAUAAAUGGCCCAUCAAUUUACAAAAAUGUUUUCAAAUUUUUGUUUAUUUAUAAAUUAAAUUUAUUGUGUAAUAAAUACUAAAAACCUGGACGUAUUGCCUUCAAAUGUUAAUGUCUAAACUGUAAUAUAUUUGGAUAUUAGUUAUCAUUCAAAUUUUUAUUUUUAUUAAAUUAUAGGUCGUUUGAAUUAAUAUAGUAGGUAAUGUAGGUACCUAGUAUAUUUAUAUAAGUAUGUAAAUUUAAACUAUUUUAAUGUUAUUUAUCAAAAGCACGCAAUGAAAAUAUUAAGCAUGUAUUUUUUUAUUUUAUAGUAACUUCCUCUGGAUUCAAGUGCAUAUCAGACAGGAAUAGGUUAAUUAAGUAAAAUUAUUUUCAUUAAGGUGCUCCGUUAAUACUGGCUAUGUGGAUUCUAUAUAGAAGACUAUAUUAUAGUUAACAGAUCUCAAACAUAUAAUUUCUUAUGGCUUAAAUAAUAAAAUGUCCAUUUAAAAUCAAUCUAUUAGUACCUACCUACAUUAAAUUAUACAUUUUUUUUUUUCAGCGAAGAAAAUAUAUGGCAUUUAGCAAAACUGAUAUUGGACUUAAACAAAGAUACAUCAGAUUUAAAAGCUUACGUUAUCAUAAUGUUAAAUCCAAACAAAUGUGUACAUUUAUGGAAACAAGAUAGUCCACAGAAAGAUGGUCUUCUAUUUCGGGUACUACAUUUUCAAAUUAUUAUUAAAAAAAAAAGAAUUGUGAUAAUGCUCAUAGUAAACUUCCUCCAACUAAAAUCUUUUAUUAUCAAUGGCAGGUGCUAGGCACAAUCCUCAGUGAAUUACUGAUAAAUUAGUGGUUGUGGAGAAAAUCAACAUACACACAAUAUCUAUUUUUGUAAAUAUAAAAUAUCAGUUAAAAAAUGUAAUGUCAAAAUACCUAUCUAAAACUAUUUUAAAUUUUGAAAUCCUGGUGCAAUACAUUAAAUAUUUAAUUUAGUUUAUUUAUAAUAAUUGCAUGCUGAUACAGAAGUGUUCAAAUUUAAAUAAUAAAUUAUUUAUGAGUUUAGAAAUGAUACCAGAUGUAUUUCAUUAUAUACUAGUGUCAUAAAAAAUACUAAUACAUUUAUAUGUAAUUGAUAAGUUAUACCUAUAAUUUUUAGGAUUUUCAUACAUUAGUGAUUACUGAACAUCAAGAUCAAACUAUGGUUUUUGAUAUCAAUACUACGUUGCCAUUUCCUGUUCCAUUCUCUCAUUAUUGUCAGGAAGCUGUAAGAAAUGAAUUAACGGAAAUUGACACUAAGCGGUAUUUAAUGUGUCAGUAAUAAUGCUAUGAUACAAAUAAAAAUUAUUUUUAUACAUUUAGGUAUUUCAGAGUUAUUGAGGCUAAAACGUAUUUAACGGAAUUUUCAUCUAACAGAGGACACAUGUUGGAAGGCGAUAAUUGGAUAUCAGAACCACCAAAUUAUCCACCAAUUUUAAACCAAAGUAUACAAUUUGUUAAUUUGUUUAAAUAAACAUAAUUUUAAAAAAUUUAUUAAGAUUAGCAUAUUAGCAAAAAUAAUAUACAAUUAAAAUCAAUAAAUAAGAAUAUACUAGAAUUUAAUAAUUUGAUUAUAAAUAGUAAAUAGUUCAUAAUUUUGUAAUUAGUUAUUUAAAUUAAAACUGAAUUUAUUCAAUAUAAAAAGGAAUUCAGAAUAUGUAAAGCCUAUCAUUGAUGCCAAUACACAAUAUGGAAUUUAAAAAAUAAAUGUCAACAUAAAUUAUUUUAAAUUUAAACAAUACUGAUGAAUAAUUACUAUGUUAAUAUUAUUUUAACUUAUUACAGAAAAAGAACAUAACUUGGAGUCUUUCAUAUCAAUGGAAUGUCCAAAUAAAUAUGGACAAUUGCUUAAUCUUGAUGAGUUCAAAACUAGGUUUUCUUAA